AUGGCGACCCUUCAAGAUUCCAAGUCUCACCCCGAGGUCGAGCAUGACAACACCCCGUUCGACGAAAAGGCCGCCGCCGGCGAGGUCAAGGAGAUCAAUGCCGCUUCCGUGGCCCUCGCCGCUGCUCUUGAAGAGCGGCCGCCUAACAUCUGGUCGCCCAACAUGUUGAAGCUGUACUUCAUCCUCUCCAUCGGCUACUUGGUCUCGACCAUGAACGGAUUCGACAGCUCCCUCAUGGGAAGCCAGAACGCCAUGCCCCAGUACCAAAAGACCUUCGGCCUUUCCGGCGCCGGGUCAACCACCGGCAUCGUCUUCAUGAUCUACCAGGUCGGCCAAGUCGCCAGCUUCCCCUUCUGCUCUCCGCUUGCAGACGGUUAUGGCCGUCGCGUUUGUAUCUGGAUUGGUUGUUUCAUUGUCCUCGUCGGCACUGCCAUUCAGACUCCGGCAAAUACGCUUGGUCAAUUUAUAGCCGGCCGGUUUGUGUUGGGUUUCGGUGCCUCACUCGCCUCAGCGGCCGGCCCCGCAUACAUCGUUGAGCUGGCGCACCCCAAGUACAGAGGAACCAUGGCCGGCGCUUACAACACAUUCUGGUGGCUCGGAAACAUCCUUGCCGGGUGGACCACAUACGGAACGAACGAGCACCUCAACAACAGCUGGGCGUGGCGCAUCCCAACCCUCGUCCAGGCCGGCAUGCCCGCCGUUGUCAUGUGCUUCAUCAUGUUCUUCCCCGAAUCGCCCCGCUGGCUCAUCUCCCACGACCGCGCCGAAGAGGCUCUUGCCAUCCUCGCAAAGUACCACGGUGAUGGCGACGCCAGCUCGCCCGUCGUGCAGCUUCAAUACCAGGAAAUCGUCGAGUAUGACCGCCUCACGAGAGACGAGAACCCGUGGUGGGACAUGCGUGAGCUGUUCAACACCAGGGCGGCCCGCUACCGGCUCGCCAUGGUGGUUUUGAUGGCCUUCUUCGGCCAAUGGAGUGGAAACAACGUCGUAUCCUACUUCAUGCCGGAGAUGUUUAAGCAGGCGGGAAUCACCAGCGACAGCACCCAGCUUCUGCUCACGGCUAUCAACCCCAUCUUCAGUCUCAUCGCAGCCAUCUACGGCGCCACGCUUCUCGAUAAGCUCGGCAGGAGAUUUAUGAUGAUGGCAGGGCUUAUCGGCGCUCUUGCUUCAUACGUCAUGCUGACCGCCUUCACCGCCGAGUCCGAGAAGAACCAAAACCUGUCAUACGGUGUCAUUGUGUCCAUCUACCUCUUUGGAAUUUUCUUUUCCUGGGGUUUUACACCGUUGCAGACACUGUACGCUGUCGAGUGCCUUGAGAACCGAACCCGCGCCAAGGGUUCCGCGGCUUCGUUUCUCUUCUUGAACAUCGCCAUCAUCAUCAACACCUACGGCAUCAGUGUAGGGAUCGCCGAGAUAGGCUGGCGUCUCUACCUUGUCUUUAUAAUUUGGAUCUGUAUCGAGCUGGUCAUCAUAUUUUUCUUUUUCGUGGAGACAAGUGGCAAGACUUUGGAAGAGCUCAAGUCUAUAUUCGAGGCACGCAACCCAAGGAAGGAAUCGACAAAGAAGACUAAGGUUGUGGUCGACGGAGCUGGAAAUGUCGUAAAUGUUGGAGAGACUACGUCUGGCCUUUAG